UCCGGAAGCUCCGCGACUCUGCGGGGCCUGUGUGGGGUCUGCUGCCACCAGAUGGGGGCGACGGGUCCCACGGGCGCUGGGGGGCGAGCCACGUGGGUGCUGGCUGGGAAUAUCCUGGCCGUGGCCCUGGUACUGGGCGCGGGUCCGCAUGCGCUUCCACCCUCCUUCCCUGCCCUGGGCCCAGGGUCGCCAUCCCGGCCCGGCCCAGCAGGACCCCGGGCAAGCUCGCAGUACAGCGAUAUUUCAAGAGAAGCCCAAGGCCCCUCUGAGAAUGGAGUGAUAUUUCAAAAAUGCUCGCUGGUGUCUGGGCAGAGCGAAUCGCAGACCAUGCAUGUGCAGUUGUCAGUGAACAACACCAGGACUCCCACCUCAGCCAACCUUUUGGACCUGCUUGUGCUGGAUGAGAUCACUGGCCUCACUGUGAAGGAGUCUCCUGGAAAUAAGACUCAGGAUGGAAUCCAGACUUUCAGAAAGAGCUUUCUGCAAGUGGGAGAAUGCUACUCUGUCAGCUACAUGGCCUCGCUGGACCCCACAACCCUUGGGACUGGAUCGAGCCUGGACCUUCCUGCCCGGCUCAUCUUUCAGAGUUCCUCACAGAACAGAACCCAGCUAAAAGCCCACUUUACCAUCACAGUAGAAGAAAAGAUAAUGGUUCUGCCUAACCAUGGUCUCCACGCAGCGAGCUUCAUCGCAGCCUUCCUCAUCUCCCUCCUCCUGACCCUGGCAGCCCUGUUCUGCCUGUCACGGGGUCAGUGUCUGCAGGGAAGCAUGCUGUCCAGAUGCCGGGUCCAACAUCCUGAGAACAAGCUGGAACCCUCGCCCUUCACCUCUGCUAAUGGUGUGAGCCAGGACCUUUCUCUCAAUGACCAAGUGGUUGACAUCCUGACUUCUGAGGAACCUGGGAACAUGCUUCAAGCUCUAGAAGAGUUGGAGAUUGCGACCCUGAAUCAGGCAGAUGCAGAUCUGGAGGCUUGUCGAAACCAGAUUAGUAAGGACAUCAUUGCCCUGCUGAUGAAGAAUCUGAUCAGUGGCGGUCACCUCUCGCCACAAACAGAAAGGAAGAUGGCUGCUGCUUUCAAAAAGCAGUUUCUGCUGCUGGAGAAUGAAAUACAGGAGGAGUAUGAGCGGAAGAUGUUGGCACUGACGGCAGAGUGUGACCUAGAGAUGAGGAAGAAGACAGAAAACCAGUACCAGAGGGAGAUGGUGGCCAUGGAGGAAGCAGAAGAGGUGUUGAAGAGAGCUAGUGAGAGGUCUGCUGCAGAGUGCAGCAGCCUUUUGCGGACCCUCCAUGGGCUGGAGCAGGAGGACAUGCAGAGGUCCCUCGCUUUGCACCAAGCAGAGGACUUUGCCCAAGCACACAGGCAGCUGGUUGUUUUCCAGAGAAAUGAAUUACACAGCAUCGUCUAUACCCAGAUACAGAAUGCUGUCACCAAAGGAGAACUGAGGCCUGAGGUGGCUAAAAUGCUGCUGCAAGACUAUUCUAAAACACAGGAGAGUGUGGAAGAGCUGAUGGACUUCUUCCAGGCCACCAAGCGCUACCAUCUCAGCAAGAGGUUUGGCCACAGAGAGUACCUGGUGCAGAGGCUGCAGGCCAUGGAGACCCGCGUGCAAGGGCUGCUGAGCACCGCAGCUACGCAGCUAACAAGCCUCAUCCAUAAACAUGAGAGGGCUGGCUACUUGGAUGAAGAUCAGAUGGAAAUGCUAUUGGAGCGUGCACAGACAGAAACCUUUUCUAUAAAACAGAAGCUGGACAAUGACUUAAGGCAGGAAAAGAAAAGGCUCCACCAAAAAUUAAUAACCAAGAGACGGCGAGAGCUUCUGCAGAAGCACAAGGAGCAGCAGAAGGAGCAGGUGUCCCUUGGCGAGGCCUCCAGCACCGCGGAGGAUGCAGUCCAGUACCUGCACCAGUGGAGGAGUGUGAUGGCCGAGCACACCGCUGCCCUGGAGGAGCUGCAGGAGCGUCUGGACCAGGCUGCUCUGGACGACCUCCGGGUCCUGACCGUGUCACUCUCCGAGAAAGCCACGGAGGAGCUGAGGCGCCUGCAGAGCACCACCAUGACUCAGGAGCUGCUGAAACGCAGUGCUCCCUGGCUCUUCCUGCAGCAGAUCCUAGAGGAGCAUAGUCGGGAGUCUGCGUCCCGUACGGCGCAGCUGGAGGCAGAAGAGAGAGAGCGUGGCCAGGAGCUGGUGCAGGGCGUGAGGCAGAGACUGCAGCAGGAUGCACCGGAGGCCUGCACGGAAGAGCAGGCGGAGCUGAGGCAUUGGGAGCACUUGGUGUUCACGAAGCUCUGCUGUGCGGCCAUCUCCCUGUCUGAAGAAGACCUGCUCCGGGUGAGGCAGGAGGCACAGGGCUGCUUCACCCAGCUGGACCGGAGCUUGGCCCUCCCCAGAGUCCGUGCACGAGUGUUGCAGCAGCAGAUGCAGAUGGCCUGGCGGGAAGCAGAGUUUCGGAAAAUGGACCAGGCCCUGGCUGCGCCUGAGCUGCAGUCCAAGGCAAGAAAGCUGCGUCCCAAGGGCAGAGGCAAGGCAGACCUUCUGAAGAAGAACCUGGAGGAUAAGCUCCGCCUGUUCGAGGAGCGGGCCCCUGUAGACCUGGCUGAGCAGGUGCGAGGGGAAUUGCUCCAGGAGAGAGUUCAGAAGCUGGAGGCCCAGGAGGCGCACUUUGCUGAGUCACUUGUGGCUCUGCAGUUCCACAAGGUGGCCCGGGCUGCUGAGACCCUCUCGGUCUACACCGCCCUGCUCAGCAUCCAAGACCUGCUCCUGGGGGAGCUGAGUGAGUCGGAAACGCUGACCAAGUCAGCCUGUGUGCAGAUCCUGGAGUCGCACAGGCCGGAGCUGCAGGAGCUGGAGAGGAAGCUGGAGGACCGGCUGGGGCAGCAGGAAGAGGCUGAGCAGCAGCGGGCCCUGGAGAGCAGGCAGCAGUGGGCAGCUGAGGGACCUGCGCUGGGUGAGCCUGAACAGGUGGAUCCUGAAAGGCAGGUCUCCGCGGUCCUGCGGCAGGCCCUGAACAAGGGCCAGAAGCUACUGGAACAGCAUCAGCAGAGGGCGAGGGAGGAGUGGCAGAAUGGUGCGGUGCUGGAAGAUUCUCUGGAAAGCAUGGAGGCUGACACCAUGGCCAGCCUCUGCAGCCAGGGACUGAGGCUGGUGUCAUACCUCUCGAGGAUGACAAUGGUACCCGGGAACACACUACUGCGACUCCUGAGUGUGGUGCUCCCAGCAGCUUCGCAGCCUCAGCUACUGGCCCUGCUGGACGCAGUCAGUGAGAAGCACUCUGACCACACAGCAGAGAAUGAGAGCGGUGAGCAGGCGGCGCAGGCAGAGCAGGGCAGGAGGAGGAAACACCAGGGCUGGUGGAAAUCUUUGGACAGCAGGUUUAGAGCAGAUCUGGUGAGUCAAGGCCUGGAGAGGCUGCUCUGGGCCCGCCGGAAGAAAGAGAGCAUAUUGAAGAAGAUACAUGUUCCCAUCCAGGAGAGGGUGAUGUUCCCUGGGAAAGGAAGCUGGCCGCACCUGUCCCUAGAGCCCAUUGGAGAACUGGCUCCUAUCCCCAUCACUGGGGCAGACGCUAUGGACAUAUUAAACACGGGAGAAAAGAUCUUUGUAUUUAGAAGCCCAAAGGAGCCUGAGAUCUCCUUGCGUGUUCCUCCCAGGAGGAAAAAGAAUUUCCUGAAUGCUAAGAAGGCCAGCAGGGCCUUGGGCUUGGACUGACCCAGGGGGAAGCACCAGGGGGCAGCUUUCCUUUGGCCCUCGUGGGUUGGUCUGUCUGUCUGUCUGUCUGUAUCAUACAGCUUGCAGUGUACACAUGCUUGCAGCAUAGACACAGUGCUACAUAAAGUGGCUCUCCAGUGCUCAGGACACAGAACACAGACAUAACUUCCUUCUAAGUCCAUAUUAUCAAGAUCUAGAGGGGACCUGCCUCACCCCAACUUCCUCACACAGACCACUGCCUGUUGCUGGAAUAGGUGCUGUACUGACUGCUUUUGUGUGUCAACUUGAAACAGGCUGGAGUUAUCACAGAGAAAGGAGUUUCAAUUGGGGAAGUGUGUCCAUGAGAUGCAACUGUGGGACAUUUUCUCAAUUAGUGAUCAAAGGGGAAGGGCCCCUUGUGGGUGGUACUACCUCUGGGCUUGUAUUCUUGGGUUCUAUAAAAGAGCAGGCUGAGCAAGCCAGGGGAAGCAAGCCAGUAAGAAACAUCCCUCCAUGGCCUCUGCAUCAGCUCCUGCUUCCUGAUCUGCUUGAGUUCCAGUCCUGACCUCCUUAGGUGAUCAACAGCAAUGUGGAAGGUGUAAGUUGAAUAAACCCUUUCCUCCCCAAUUUGUUUCUUGGUCAUGAUUUUUGUGCAGGAAUAGAAACCCUGACUAAGACAGGUGCCCACCCAGUUUAUUUGAGGAAGGUGAGCUCUCUAUUCAUACAAUGUGUGUUACAUGCCCUGUUUUUCUAUAAAGGGAACUUUAAAAAUUGGCAUAUAAUUGUGGACCUCAUUUUUGCUUUAUGUAGGGGUCAUUUGUG